CGGACUGAACCUUUUCCACUUCUGAAAUCUAAUUUGCUGGCAACAUUCGGUAAACGCUAGAAAAUGCCCUGCAGAAAGCCUACCAAAGACGAACCUGCCACUUCGUCCAGGGUUGGAACCGUACUUGAAGGCUGCGCCACCACCUCACCCUCCUCGACGAUGUCUUCGCCUGCACUUCGAACGCACCACAGCCUUGUUCAAGGCGCAAUAACUUUGACUCAACCCUCGGAAGAACUGCUCAAAUCUUUUGCCAGUCCUUUGGUAUAUUGAUAUCUUCUCAAAGCCUGGGACCCACCACGUUUGGCGAUAAGCGGCUGAUAUCGCUCAGCUUGCCGCGUAUUACGGCCAGAGAAAUCGCUCAGGCUGCAACGACCGCAAUGGCGACUGCUCUAGAGACGUCGCACGUCAUCGCCGCAGUGCUUUCCGUGUUCCAUAAUGCGGCGGAUCUGACGAAGCAAAUAUCUAAGAAAUCGAAAAAGAAGAAAAGCGAGCAUGCGUUACGACUGAAAUGGUUACUUGAAACCCUGGAGUCUGGGGAGGUACAGAUCUCGCAAAGGUACAGCCAAUAUCUACAAGAACUAGGAGAAAGAUUCAGAUUGGGAGACGACCGCUCACGUGACCGGAUUCAGCAUGUUGCUAUCAUAAUGCAAGCUGAACUGUUAAGGUCUUUACAGCUUGGAGCGCAGUUCGACAAUGCUGAGGUAGAUGCUGGGAAACUACAGGACGAUGCCGCCUUUUUCCGCCGAGACGUCCUUUCGGCGCUUGAUGAACUCAGGAGCAGAGUACUGGAUCAAUCGUCUAGCUAUCCUGCUAUGUACCCACAGAUGGCAACGUUGAACCAACAUAGUUCAGCUCCAAGCCCUACCACACCAAGAACUCCGCCAAUAGACUUCUUUCCUUCCGGUGUCAAUAUUCCACCUGCGGCAGAGGACGAGGGCCACGGCAGAAUGAGUAGAUUGUUCUCCAUACGAAGCAGGCCGUACAAAAGAUCCUCUAAUGCGUCAACAACUAUUCAGAAUAUAGCGGGAACACAAAACUUGAGCUGGUCAGGAUCAGCACAAGCAGAAACAGAAAAAUUUGAACUAGCAGCUGAUGACGUUCAACGACAACAAGAACCUUCUACCGGCUAUCAAGAUAUCAAAGCACCCAUUCCAGAGCCAGAUACCGAGAUGUUGCAUCCAGCUUUAUCAAAGCAAACUUCCAUUGCUCGACACCCGUCGACUUCAACGCAUAGCAGCGAUUUCUCAAACUACACGAGGAGCAGCGCCUUCUCGGACGAGAAAAUCCCAGUGCUUCAAGAAAAUGACGAGGCGUUUCCAGAAGCCAGCACAAUUGCUGCAGCACUUCCGCCGACCUUUUCUUCGUUGUCCAUCCAUUCUCGAGCGAACCACGAACGCAUGCCGUCAGCUUCGUCGCAAUUUGGUACGACGCGCAUGUCGCCAACAGAGAGCCUACCGCCGAACUCAGCGGUGGCUCCUUCGCCGACCAGGCUUACGCCAGAUUACUCGCCGCAACUGCGUUUGUUUCCUGUCGUCAGCCAACGCACUCCUAGUCCUACCAAUCUGCCAGUUCCGGCACGAGAUCGCAGUAACACGACCUCGAGCGGCACGUCGUCCUCGAUCCAAAGUGUCUUCGCACGAUCCGCUUCCGUAACGUCUACUCCAAGCUCGGUAAACACCGUGCAGCUGGUGGGCCGGCCCGAGAAAAAGAACAACUACUGGGGAUUCUGCAAGGGCGCCUGGACGAUCCGUGAAGACUGGCAAAAAGGCCUUGCAAUCCAGGCCAUUCCCGCCGGCAUGUUUGCGCAGGACCACGUCUGGCAAUGCAAGCACUGCUGCUUCCGUGGAUCCAUAUUCGGCGCAAAGAAGCCGUACAAGACGGACCCGAACGUGCACACGAACGCAGAAACCGGUGUGCGGUACAGGUGGAUCUUCCUGGCAAAGAGCCACACGAAGGUUCCGCUCGCCUCGACCCGCCGCGACGCUGGUUUCGGUUGUCUCUUCUGCAGCCUGAACAACACACACUCGUCCGUCUACGGGAGCGAGGCGCUGCUGUUCAAACACGUCGUGGAAGAACACGUCCCUGGCAUGACGGAUUCGCUGGCGAAACGGGCGAACUGCAUUCUGGGAAGGAAGGCGGAGGUCACGGAGGAUUUUGACAUAAACAUUCCCUGAAUUGAGGACGACUCUGCUCUCACAUAUUGACGACCUACCUUUUUUUUUUCCUCCCCUUUUCUAUUUUUGGAUAGAUACCCUCCGAAAAUGCAGCUCACGAGUUUGAACAAUGUGGCGCUUUUGUAGUUCCUGUACCUCUACAAAAACGGUGAUUAGCAGACCGUAAUUUAUGCACGAUGGUUCACGUAACGUAGAGCAAUUGCAUGAAGGAAUAUACAAGUUUAUUUUUG